AUGGAUUUAUUGGCCAGUAACAACGAAAGACGGGAUUUAUUAUCCCCCCAAGUAACUGCUUGUCUUAGAGCUGUAACUGUCCUUUUAAAUUCUGAUGGAAAUUUAAUAAAUCAGAAAGGAGGAGGGAAUUUAAUCGAUGGAAGUGCUUCUGCUACUGCUUUGACUGAUCUAGGCAUUCCUCAUGUUGCCGAUAAUCCUUAUAAUGGGGAAACAAAUAUUGGAAUGGUGGGUUUUUUUGUUUUUCUUUUUAUUGAGAAAGAGGGAGGAAGGAUCUCCUUAUAA